AGGAGGGGAAUGCGCGCUUCAUCCAGCUAGACUUCAGAACACAUUAAGCAGCAUCUCGACAAAAGGGGACGCGAACUGAAUAACGUUUACAAAACAAUUUUGAAAGAAAAAAUAAUAAUAAUAAUAAAAGAACUGGGAAAGAUGAGCGAUACGCAGCUUUUGUGUCUUUCCUUGUUGCUGGGGAUUUCUAAUAAUGUGUUUUAAUGUAUAUCUAGUGUGUAGCAUCACUUUUAAAGGACUGUGAUGAUCUGAACACAUUCUCAUUGACUAUUUGGGUGCGUCUCCCAAAAUGAAUACAACAGCAGAUGAUAAGAAGCCACCUCUAGCUCCGAAACCAAAGAUUCUUGAUCAGCUAACAUCUAAGCUGCCUUCAUCCCUGAUGUCAAGACCUUUGUCUGCUUCCCGGGGUCCAAAGCCUCCGAUUGCUCCCAAACCAAAGCUGAUUCAGGAUUCUGAAGAUAAAUGUUGCUUGUAUACAAACAAUAACCUGAACAGGUGCACAAAUGGAAAGUUACUGUUUUCUGAAGAAGAGUUUAAUGAGGAAAAUACAUGCAGCACCCGUUCUGAGUCUGAGGGCUUCCAAAUCAUGGACGAUGGGUACAUUAUGCUUCCUGACAAUGAGACUCUUACCAAUGAAAGGGAUGACAGUGAUAAUGAAGAGAGACAGUUGUUUGAGCUCUCUUGUGAUGCUGAGGUGCUCAACUCUACUGAUAGCAUUGAUAGAAAUGGAGAGGUAGAAUUGGAAGAGGCUCUUGAACCUGAUCAGACUGAAGACAAUGUAUCAUUAGAAACUUAUGAAACUGGUGAUACAGAAUCAAGUAAUACAGUAGAGGCUUGUACUGAACUUGUAGAAAGUGUUGAAGCCUUGAAUGAUGACAGAACAUCAGACAGUGAGCACAGAGAGGGAGCUGAAGCUGUGGACUCAGGAGCUGGUGCACAGGAUAAUGAUACAGGUGGGGAAUCAGCUCAAGAUCUGGGAGAGGUUGCAGAGGAUGUGAUUACCAAUGAUGACGAAAACCAAAAAGACCAGAUCUUAGAUGAUGACACAUCAUGUGGAAUUAGUGAAGAGAACAACCCUAAUCAAUCUCCAUCACUUAUUGAAGGAUCUGAUGAUUUAAAUGAACAAACUGAUCCUGAGAAAGGGGAUCAGGAAAAUCUUGAGGACCUUUCAUUAAACCAGGAGUGUGAGGAUCAAGUUGUUGAACUGUGUGAAAAUAUGGUACCUGAGGAACAAGAAACUCAGGAUUACCUUGUUUUUUCUUCAAAUGCUCAGCAGUUGCAGCUUGCAAAACAAAUAGUUCCUUGUUCUCUGAUUCUUGAUGCAAAUUUAUUGGAUGAGACUGUUACUGUAGAACCUGAUCUUUCACUUUCUGUGGGAGAUGAUGUGGCCACCAUAAAUAUGGACAAUGAAACCAAUAUGUUGGAGGAAUUCACAGAAAAUGAAACUAAUGAUAUUAUGAACUUGGAAAAAUCUGAAAAUAUUGAGUCUUUUGAAGAGGAGCAAAACGUACCUACCUUAGAAGAUGACAUUGUAGAAGAUGACUCAGCUCCAGAGGAGACUCAUGCAUAUAUUGAUAUAGAAAAGCCUUCUCAUGAAUGUGAAGGUCUUGACCAAGAAUUAGUGUAUGAAAAAAAGGAUGAUGAGAUAUUUCCCAGUGACACAGAGGAAAAUGUAUAUAGCUUAGCGGGAGCAGAUGAUUUAUCUGAUGAAAGUGCUAAAUCUGUGGACACUAGUACAGUGGAAAAUAUUAACAAUAUAAAUACUUUUGAAGAUGAGGCUCUAAGCAAACUUGAAGAAUUGGUUGUGGAACCAGAAGAGACAGAAACUGUGUGCACUGAUGUUAAUGAUUACACAAUCUGCAAUCAGGACCAUUAUGGCCUUCAAGCAGAAUUAUGCACCAUUACAUUGCCAGAAGACUUAUCAGUAGAUUAUCUUUUUAACAGACCAGCACUGCUAGAUGACUCAGAACUUUUUAGUGAUGAUAAUGAAGGUCUUAUAGUGCCCUAUAUGGAAGACAUAGAACAGGAAAAAUCAGAGGAUACCAUCAGUGAGGAGCAUGUGUAUGAAGAGGCUGGACUAGACACAGAUGGUGAAAAUCUAAACUUUGUUGCUGUCGAUAGAAAAACUAUUGUAACAAGAACAAGGUCUUAUUCUGGCAAAGUGCCUGGUUAUGUGCCUGAGACGGUUCCAGAGGAAUCUGAUUUACAAAACACCAAUGAAUACUGCACAGUGGCAUUGGACAAAAGCAAUCAACAUCUUGGUGAAAGUGAACAGCUUGACAUAAACAGAACAAUGCUAUCUAAGUCGAGGCGUUUUAUUUUAUACCCUAGGUCAUACUCGGUUGAAGGUCGUGAUAUGCCAAUGUCUGUUUAUAGAGAAAAUGAUGGAGUGGAGAACUGUGGAAUUAAGAGGAACGAUGAUAACCUUUUCCUGCCUUGUGUUAUCGGGUCCUCUGGCAGUUUCUCCCAGAGAAGCUACCUUUCCUCCAGCGGGAUGUCAACUCCAUCCUCAGUAGUUGAUAUUCCACCUCCUUUUGAACUAGCUUGCAUAACCAAGAAGCCGGUCACUAAAAGCUCACCAUCACUCCUAAUGGAGAAUGAGUCUUCAGACAAACCAAAAAAGAAAAAGUUGUCGUUCAAGCGUUUCUUAACACUUCGGUUCAAGAAGAAGACAGAAAAUAAAGUCCAUGUAGAUGUUAAUGUUUCUUCGUCUAGGUCUUCUUCUGAGUCCAGUCAUCAAGGACCUUUAAGACUGCUGGAAUUGGACAGGAGAAGUCUUAGCAGCUCACCACAAAUGAAGUCCCGGUCAGGAAAAGCACGGGCAUCAGACUCACCAUCUACUUUUCUGUUUUACAAGGAUGGCAAGAGAAAAGGGACCCACAAAACAUUCAGUAGGAGUGUGUCUAGAGUGGAGUCCUUUGAGGAUCGGUCGAGACCUCCUUUUAUGGCCCUUCCUUUGACAAAGCCAAGAUCUAUUUCUUUCCCGAAUGCUGAUACUUCAGAUUAUGAGAACAUUCCAGCCAUGAACUCUGACUACGAAAAUAUUCAGAUUCCACUCAGGAGACCGUCCAGAACAGGCACCUUUACAGAGUUCUUUGAGGAUCCAUGUAGAGCCCUGUCUUCUGCCAAUGAGAAUGAUGGCUAUGUAGACAUGAGCAGCUUUAACGCUUUUGAAAGCAAUCCUCAAACGCCCGACCAGGAAACAGAAAGUGCCUAUACAGAACCCUACAGAGUGUGUCCCGUGUCGCUGGUUCCAGUGGUGGAUGUUACAUCUGAUGAAGAUGAAGGGAAGAGUUCAGGGGAGGAGGAUUCCCUGGUGGAACACAACAAGACUGAUGGGCAAUCAAGAGCUUUUUAUAUAGCAAAGGAACUGGUGGACUCUGAGAAAGUGUAUGUGGAGAGCCUGAAGCUACUACACGUGGACUUCAGAGAAGCCAUCCAGAAAGCGAAUUGUGAACAAAGUGAACCUGUGGUGGAAGAAGAGAACUUAACUGCAAUUCUGUGUGAGCUGCCACAAGUCUAUGAGCUGCACCAGGACAUUCUCAAGGAGUUGGAGGAGAGAAUCAAUGACUGGGAGGCGCAUACAAGGAUUGCUGAUGUUAUUCUGUCAAGAAGACCACAGUUCAACGUCUUUAACACAUACCUCACAGAAUUUGAUAGGAACAUUGCCUUGCUUGACGAGUGCUGUCAGAAAUCCCAGAUAUUCGCUUCAGCUGUACAACAAUUUGAGCAAAGUCCUGCCUGUGCCAACGUGAGUGUGAAACAUCAGCUGCUCAAAGUUGUUCUCCGGGUCCUUCAGUAUCGCAUGCUUCUUACAGAUUAUCUGAACAACCUGUCCCCAGACUCGUCAGAGUAUGAAGACACUCAAGCUGCCUUGGUAAUUGUCUCUGAAGUUGCAGAUCGAGCCAAUGACAGCAUGAGACAAGGGGAGAACCUCCUCCGUCUGGUUCACAUCGAGUACAGUGUUAGGGGCCAGAGAGACCUGCUCCAGCCAGGAAGGGUGUUUGUGAAGGAAGGAACAUUAAUGAAGGUAUCCAGGAAAAACAGACACCCUCGGCAUCUGUUCUUGAUGAAUGAUGUUUUGCUGUAUACCUACCCACAGCAGGAUGGCAAAUACAGGCUAAAGAACACACUGUCCUUGUCAGGCAUGAAGAUCAGUAAACCCAUUAUUGACAAAGUCCAGAAUGCACUGAAGAUCGAGGGGGCUGACUACUCCAUUAUUCUUUCUGCAAGCUCUUGCAGUGAAAGAGAGGACUGGUACCAUGUUCUCAGCAGAGCUGUUGCAGAUCAUUCAAGAGGCCGAGCCAGUCCAAGCAGCGUUGAGGCCCGAGAGAAGCUGUGGAUGUGCCUGGGUGAAAAACCCCCCACGCUGGUGCCUGUUUCCCAUGUGAUGAUGUGCAUGAACUGUGCCUCUGAUUUCAGCCUCACCCUGCGUCGUCAUCACUGCCAUGCCUGUGGAAAGAUUGUGUGCCGGAGCUGUUCCAGGAAUAAGUGUCCACUCAAAUACCUCAAGGACAGGCUUGCCAAAGUAUGUGACCAGUGCUACACGGAGCUGAAGAAAAGAGGGGUGGAGUGCCCAACACCAGGCGAUAACUUACUGUCCAGAUCCUCAGGACGGCCCUUAUCAGCUGUGUUCCAGAGCAUCCACCCCACAGCACUGUGGAAGCAGAGGAAAAACCCCUCUGCACUGACACAGGUUGCAGCCUCUGCAGAGGGAUCCUCAAUGAAUGGCCCCCUUCGACGCUGUAAGAGGAACAAGAGGCACUGGAAAAAUCUGUGGUUUGUCAUCAAAGACAAAGUGCUGUACACUUAUACAACCAGUGAGGACAAAGUUGCUACUGAAAGCUUACCUCUCCUGGGGUUUACAGUGAAGCUGUCAGGAAAAGUGGAGGGAGGUAUGGAGGCAAGCUUGGUGUUUCAGCUCUACCACAAGAAAACUCUCUAUUAUACCUUUCAAGCGGAGAACACAUACACAGCACAGAGAUGGGUUGAAGCCAUAGAAGAAGCUACUGUGUUAUAGCACUAGCUAUCUGAGUGGUCUUGAUUCACAGAGUUCUACAUCUUCUUCAACACACAUUCCAGAAACUGAUGACGCAAACUCACACACUGCAGUCUGUAACAAAGCAUGCACCCAAACAAUGAAUGUAAAGACAAAAAAAAAAAAAAAAAAAACUUGCCUUCAAUCUGCUGACUUAAUGCCAGACAUCUUCUGAUGGACAUUGCGCACACUUGCACAACAAGUUCAAUGCUUUCCGGAUGAGGUAACUUUUUUUUUGUUUUAUAACUUUAGUGAACUCCAAGAGAGACAAAGAGAUGGCACUGAAAAUGAAUGUCUUUUAUCUUCUGAGCAUGUACAGCACAGGCAGCUGUAGUGCUGGCAUGUCUAUGCUGCAAAGACAAUGUGCCAAUGUGCCACGUGCCAAACCUUGCAACAGUAAAGUCGUCCUCAAGAAGGCUGGGGUCUCCACAGUGUCCAGUUUCUGGCAUCUUUAAAAGGCUUGCUAUGGUUUUCUGGUUCUCUUGUUAUGUAACCUGUCCACCUACAGCUGUAAUCCAGGACUACAUCAGAUUGAAAUCCAUUUGCAUACCAUAACUAAUCCAAUGUACAACCCAGCAAAUAUUAGUCACCUGAACGCACAGAAGGCUGAUAAAUGUAGACACUCCCGUUCACAACCCCGCAUAUUACAUUUUCUCCACUCAUUGGCACACCUUAGUUACUGCUUCAAUUAAAAACAAAAUCAAAAGUACAUUUAAAGCAUGGUAAAUCAUCACAUGUCCCUGCUUUUUGUUAAGACAGUCAGAUCUGAACCAUGGUAAAUGUUGUUCCAUAGGCGUCUACUUCAUGGUGCUCCCCAAAAAGAAACGUUUGGGGACAGAUGGCCCAGGUCACUUUAAUCCUAUGGUUUUGUAAUGUAUACAGUGAUCAAUUAUUUUAUCCAGCUGAUAUUUUUUCUAGUUAAUAGGCAAUAACUCUCCUUCUACUUCUAAUGCGCCACUCUGUUCUCUGCUAAAGACUCUCUUUGUAAUGGUCUUUAGAGCACAGGAUAUUUCUAUGACCCAUGCUGAGCUAAAACUGUUUAGAAAUAUGUUUCCAGAGUGUAAUGAAAAAUGGAAGCAAUAGAAUUGGCCACCAAAAACAAUAUGAAAGAUAUGUGGGUGAGAACAUGAUUUAAUUGCGAGCAUCCUUUUUUAUUCUGCCUUUAACCAGUCACUAAAUAGACAAAACGUGUGGGUCUGCUUAUUUACGGUGCCCCUCUCAUUCACAUCUGUGUAUUAAGAGAAAGCUUAGUAGUUUUUUUGCUACUGCUUUUGUAGGAGUACACAUACAGUAGAUAUGAAGAACAUAUGAAAAAUUUGAACAUUUGACCCAUUAAUAGUCAUCCGUUUCCUAGUAACUGAUAUAUCCCAAACUUUCAUCUAGUCGUUUAUCAAAGGAUCCCAGUGAUUUAGCAGCACUUUCAUUAAGGUGUAUUUAAACCUAAUAUAAAUGUAUAGAUGAAUUGUAAACUGAAAUGAAAAUGUGUUGUUUUGUUUUUUUUAAUACAAACAUUAAGGGGUUAUUUGGUACAAUAGUUGAGAGCCCUAACUAGAAAUCAUCUGCUUGCGAACACAGACGGAUUGUCUAAGUGCCUCAGCUACUGUACAAUGUUGGUCCACGGAAAUGUUUGGGCUCCAUGCUUAAAUAAGCAUGUACAAUGUCUGCCUUUUAUUUAAACACGUAACCACAUUAAGCUUAAACAAUGGUGCCUUGUUCUAGUAUAAUUGAAAUCUGAAUCCGUCACACCUUUAUUCUUACAUUUCUGAUUGAAUGCGAAUGAAGCAAAUUUAAUCUGGAUGUAUUUAUUUUUUACAUUCAGAUCAAAUCCCCUGGCAGCAUAGGCUCCACUUGUUCAUAAUUUUUCAUAUGUUCUUAUGUUGAUCAGCAAUAUCCAAUCAAGGAUCUGAGAAUUAAUGGUGAGUUUUUGCUUCAGAUUCUUCAGAUGUGCUUCUAAAGACCUACUGUAUUAACAAGGCUUGUUCUGCAUACCACAUUAUUUGUACUCCAUCAAGCUUCAUUCUAAAACCACCAGCUUCAAUGUGACAAUGCAUAAGGCUAUAGAAUAGUCCCCUGCACAGAAUGUUUGAAUGGUUCUGUAUUUUAUUGCACAGAAUGGUAUUAUAGUGAAUUAUUUUAUGUAUGUGAGGAAACUGUUAAUAAUGAAUUCAUAAAGCAGAACAGCCAGGCUAUCUGGUUAUGAAGCGGCUUCUGUACUCUGUCUGCAAGUGACCGAGGAUCUAGAUUGAUAAUCUUGGAAUGUUGGAUUUAUGUGAAAAUGAAAACAGUUUCCUAAGCACAAAGAAAGAGUCAUGAAACUGGAGAAAUUGAACGAUGAAAACACUUAGAGCAGAUGUGGCAUUGCUCAUAUGGAACAGGGCCAAGGCGUUGCAGGGGGACAGGUUAGUGGUUACACUCGGGUGUACCUUAUAUAGAGAAGACAUAACAUUGGGAGUCGAAAGGAGUGCUUUAAAAAUGUUACGCAGCCACUGAAAUGGAAAGUGAUGCAAACAUCAUCUAAACAACAAACAGAAUACAUUGGUUAAGAUCAUUUAAAUAAAAAAUUGCAAAUACUAUAUUUGGUCGAUUUAAAAUGUAUUACUUUAAAUGACAAUUUUAGCAUCUUGGCAUCUCGGCAACCGAUAGAUAAGAGAUCGUUGAGGAAUAAGAUUUAUUUAUGUAUUUCUAAACAGCAAUGCAACAAAAACAUUCAUCUUUUACUUUCAUUGUAAAAUCAAAACCUGCUUUUCAAUGAAGUGCUCAUUAAGUCAUUGGGCAUUUUGCUUAUUGUCUGUCUUAUGCCCAAUGCUGUAUUUUUUUAAAGGUUGUCACAGAUGUUAUGCUUUCCGGGAAAUGUUACCCAUUGCUGUGUAAUAUGUUGUUCCCCUUGAAAAUUCCCAUUUCUGAAAGAAUAGUUUAAAUCUACAUAU